CUCUGUUCUCAAAGAAAAAAUUAUCAACAAACAUUUUGUUUACAUUCAUUCAUUCGUCGAUUUCUUGUCGAACAUAGUAAAAUAAUUGACAAAUUUAUAAUAAUUAUUAAAGUAGUAAUUAUUACUACUUAAAACAACAACUUUUCCGCCGAAAUGAGUUCAUCCCCGUACUCCGAUGAAGACAGAAAAGUAGAUUUCAACCCACUGCUGCUGGCGAGCGGAAACCGAAAGAGUGCAUUCCUCCCGUACAAACCUACGAAUACGGUUCUCACCAAUUUGCAGCGCGGGAACACCGAGGCCAGCAUUCCCAGCGAAAUAUGUCUGAACUUUCAUGAGAAAACCGGCCAAGGGGAGAUUACCGAGGAGCAGGUCCGAGCAGAGAAAUCCGUUGACCUGCCGGAUUCCAACCAGUACACGCCCUUGCAUUGGGCCUGCUACUAUGGCCAGCUUUCGUCGGCCCAAAUACUGAUCAACUGCGGAGCGGAUGUAAAUCGACAGGCCAUCGAUAUGGUCACACCACUGGUGUUGGCCGCGGCAGGAGGACAUCACGAGAUCGUUAGACUGUUGCUUCAGAAGGGUGCCACGGUGAACCACAUGGACGUGAUAGGGAAUACGGCGCUGAUGUACGCUGCCGCAGGGAAUCAUCCUCACACGUGCAAUGAGUUGCUGAACAAAGGGGCCAAUUUUACCGACACCAAUGAGGAUGGGGAAACGGCCUACAGCUUGGCCGUAAAGCAACAGGCUAAUCUUUCGCAAGCCGUAUUGGAGAAUUAUAUAUCGACUUUAUUGAUGUCUUAGACCGAAACUUGUGGCGGGCAAAAUUUGCCGGAUUAUUUUUACCGAAUGGGAUUGUGUGAUAAUUUGUACCUGGGUGUUUGUAAAAAAUCGUUUAUAAAAAUCGUUUCAUGUUA